CUCUCCUCUCCUCCUCCUCCUCCGCCUCCUUCUCUGCCUCCUCCUCCUCCACGCCGCCUUCUCUCCGCUGCUCUCCCUCUUAAAUGCUUCACUCGCCCGCGCCGUAACUCGCUGUACUGCAUAUCCAGCGCCAAGCGAGUGCUCUCCUUUCUCUGCUCCGUGCCGCUCCGACAAAUCAAAUCCUGCGCCCUCCCUCUGCCGGCCAUCCCGCGCUCUCUUCCUCUCUUCCUCUCUUCCCCCCUCUUCCUAUCCUUCUCUCCUCUUCAUCCUACCUCCGCCGCAAUGGUCUACAUCGACGGCGUCAAAUACGCCUGCGAAACCUGCAUCCGCGGCCACCGCGUGACCACCUGCGCCCACAAAGACCGCCCGCUCACGAUGAUCAAGCCCAAAGGCCGCCCGGUCUCGCAGUGCCCGCACUGCCGCGAAGCCCGCCGCAACCACGCCCUGCACACAAAGUGCGACUGUCCCGGCGACAAGCUCUCCGCCGCAAAAGUCAGCAAGCUCGCGGGCUGCCAGUGUCCGCACGGCGGCAAGUGCGACUGCUCGAAGCUCAAGAACUCCGGACGCGCUGCUGCUUCCGCGGCGGCGGCUGCCGUCUCCGGCGGCGCGCGGAGAAACUCGCGAAACAAGACCGCGAGCGUGAGUCCGUCGCCGGACCCGCCGUCGCUCAUCUUGCCCGCGCAGUACGGCGCCAUGAGCUCGCUCGGCACGCACUCGGUUCUCUCGACUCAGGCGCUGGCCGCCGCUGACAGUCGGUACUACCAGUCUGCCUCUGUCGACUCGCCGUUCUCCAACGCCGCGACCUCGCCCGCGACCGCCUCGGGCUCGCCGACAAUCUCGCUGGCGUACACCACCGCCGGCGCCACCACCGCCGACAUGCGGCACUCGCAACUGAUGCCGGAGAUGUCGGCCAUGUUUGACGACGUCUCGGGCUCGCCUUACGCGCGCGAGUUCUACAACGCUGCCUCGUCCUCGUCCUCGUCCUCGUCCUACCCGCCGACCACCGCGCAGCAGCGGUCCGGCUCGUCUUCCGUCGCUGCCGUGUCCGAGCACUCUGCCAGCCGCCCUUCCUCCGCGAGCUCCUCGACCACCAGCAUCGGCUACUACGCCGACUCUGCCGCCUCUGCCCCUUACGUCAACUUCAAUCCCCUUCUGAAGCACGAGGUUCCUUUUAAUCAGGACCAGCCCCAGCAGCAGCACGCUCACGCGCACCACCACACCUCGCAACAGCAACCGGAAGGCUACUCUUCCGAGUACAACAACCUCGCCGACCUCUUCUCCUUCUCCUCCGCAGGCUCGACCACCUCCGUCUUCAGCGUCGCCGCCUCGCUCCCGACAAACACCGACUUUUACUCCGCAGACAACUACCCCGCCGCGCCGUCGUCGCUGCCGCAGCAGUACUCGGCCAUGUACGCGACCUCCUCGGCCGCGCAGAGCAUUCCUUCCGCCUCCACCAUGCCCCUAUAGACCUUUCCUCUUCUUUCUUUUUUGUUCUUUAUUUUUUUAUUUUUUGAUAUAGAAAAGUAUAUUUUCCUCUUUUCUGUUUUUGUGUGUGUGUGUGUGUGUGUUUUUGGAGUUCCACGGCGCACUUCUGUGUUUUGUUUUGUUCUGUUUUACCUCUCUCCCUCUCCCUCCCUCCUAUCAUCUCUUCCUUUUUUGGCUAUUUCUUCGUCUUGGUUAUAAACGUCAAAAAUAUCUAUCGAAUAUGAGCUCACAGUCAUGAUCACGUUAUGUUUUCUUUUCUCCUUCAAUUUGUAUAUCUUUCCUCUCUCUCUCUCUCUUUUUUUUUUACUGUGUUUAUAGCUAGCUAGGUAUGUUUUUGAGUUUUUUUACGAGUUCAUAGCUGUUUCGAUAAAAGGAA